AUGGUGUCAGCAUGUCGUACUGUGCACCGAUUUUUGGUUCGUGUCAGUUUCGAACGGGGCAAAGUAAAAGGUCAACUGACGUUUGCGUUGGAGAAACAAAAUGCAAUGGUCCGUGACAAACACAUUGCGAAUAUGGUGUCAACCAUUUUUGCGAAAAUCCACCGCCGGUUGUGUAUCUGGACGAGUCUUAUGUACAUCACCACUACGCUCGUCAUCAAGAUAGUUCAUACGAUCCAAAUGACGAACAAGACCUGCAAGAAAAAGCAAAACACAAGGGACAACGAUAUUGCUUUAUUGGAGCGAUACUAG